AUGCCCAGCCAAUAUCUCGGUUGCUUGUGCACCAUUUCCGUUUGGCAUCUCCGCUUCUUUGCUCAUCCCAAAUGUCAGACUGAUAUUCAUCAUCCCUUAACAUCUUCAACAGAUAUGGGCCUCAGCACAAUCGAACUUGUAGCUUCCUCACUUGGAACGAGCCUUGUGGGUGGCGUCAGUAUCCUUUUAGCAUCAAAGCUUGAUUUUCUGAAGGAACAGCGAUGGAGAGGUCCAAAGGUGGUUGUCUGUAUCGCGGCUGCUGUCUCCGCCAUCCUAGCUUGGGCGACCAAUUUGAUGGAGGUCAUCACUCGAGAGCAAGAAUCGGUUCAAGGACAGAGCUCAGGGCCAGGCAUAGCUUAUGGAUUGAUGGUUUUGGUUUUUGGCCUCACAGGUACUUUGAAACGAUUGACCGCCUGGUCCCGACUGAAUCGAGAAAAUACAACAUCAGUAGCCUUACAGACAACUCUCACUUGGGUUGCAUGGAUCUUCAUUGCAUUAGCUAUGAUCGAGAGCCUGGUAUUUCUUUUCAUGAGUAUCAUGAGCGUCCAACCUCCUAGUUUGGUACUCGUGUGUGGUCUUAGGAUCAGUUCACGGGCUAUAUCGGCGGUUCUUGAGAUGAUUUACAUCUGGUCAUUGAUCGGCUAUCUUUUAACAAAUGCCACGCACAACAUCUCUUUCAAACCGAUCUAUGAAAUAUGUAAGCAUGCGGAAGUUCGCCUAUCGAGUUCUUUCUUCAAACAUGGUCAUAUAACCGCUUCUAAUUCACUUACCUUUGAAGAUUUCAGCUCUGGGAUCUUGGCCUUGAUCGUGAUUGCUGAGUGCUCCCAUCCUAGCGCGUUUCCAGAUCUUGCAAAGGAACGGAUCGCUUCACGGAGGUCGGAGAGUAUACCAGAAAAAUAUGACUCACCCAGAAGUUUUCUCUCGGUCCGACUUGAUUCAAGCAACUUGUCGGAAUGUGCUAGAGACAUUAUUAAAGAGGCCGGACUUGGGAUACAAACAACAACUGAGGGAACCACUCCAGGUAUUCCACAAUCCGGGAAAGCUGUCGGUCAUGGAUCUUCCGUUGAUCAGCGAGAUCAUCCAUCUGAUUCCGAACUAUCGCGUUUCGUCGAUUGCACAACUCCGUCUAUCAGUUAUGUCUCACAAACAGACCUUCCAGAGACCAUCAAAGAUGCAAGCAUAAUAGAAGAAAUAAAAGAAAGUAAAGAUUUGAUCCAUAGAAAUCACUCGAUACAAAUCGAUGCCAAUGAGGAUGCUCUUUUAAUUUUUAGAACGACUGAAGGAUACGAAAUCAGAGGGAUCAUGAUAAUGGGACAUGUGAAUUCAAGCAAAGGCUUCCUCUCCAAGUCAGGAUAA